AUGCAGCAUCGCUUAAUCAGUGGAAGAUCCACCAAUGUUGAAGAGCAAGAAAGAGUGUUUAACACAAUUACUAACAUCGCCAAGGCAACAUCUUCUUUUCACCCAAGUCACAUCAUUGGUAACAUCUUUGUCAGACUGCAGGCUGAGAAACAGAUGGCAGCGUGUAUCUCCAAGCAAGAAGUAACUGUUUCUAAGGUUGCAUCUUCACUUCCACCAUAUGGAAAUACAAUUAUUCCAUAUGAGAUCAUAGAGAAGCACACCCGAUCUUGGCAAGCCCACCUCGAGAGAGUAAGUGAUUUUCUGUUGACUGGAAAGGGAAGCUGGUGGAUGGAGCACGAGAAUGGUGACAUCAAAUUUUACGAUGGCGAGCAGCCCCCAGAUAAUCAUUGUGAAGGUCCUUCACUUCAUCACUUUCGAUCAAGUAAUUUCAAAAGCGAAGAGAAAUACCUUGAAGAAU